AUGUGGUUUGCGGGAACCUUUGGGACGGCACGGAAGAAGACGCCGGCUCCGUGGAAAAAUUCUUCAAAGCAUCGGGAGCGCUGGGAGAGGGUCUUAGCUGCCGAGUACCAUCGGAAGUCGAUUUGUGAGAAGAUGCGUGAUUGGCUUCAGUCAAACAAGUAUGAAAUGCUCAUGGCUGCCAUCCUCCUGGUGAAUGUUUUGUGGAUGGCAUUUGAGUUGCAGGUCUAUGGCUCGAAGUCCGGGUGGGUCAUUGGAGUCUCCGACGAGCCUUUGGUACGCCCUGAGAACAUGGCGUACUGGGAUAAUCUCUUCCUGAUCGGAGACAUGACAUUUGCUGGCAUUUUCUCAUUUGAUGUGGCCAUCCGCAUUAUCAUCCUUCGGAUCAAGUUCUGGACGGUGUGGAUGAACUACAUAGACGUUGCUGUCAGCGCCACAUCGCUGAUUGAGAUCAGUUUGUCCAACAUCUUGCGGCUGCCUGUGAGCCCUGUCCUCUUCAGAUUGCUCCGCAUUGGGAAGCUGGCUCGGGCGAUUCGCAUGGUCACCAUGAGUAAUGUCUUGGCAUCCCUACAGUUGCUCAUCAAGUGCCUGGGUGCCAGUAUGAACAUGCUCUUUUGGAGCUUCUGCUUGCUAACCUUCGUGCAGUGCGUCUUUGGGAUGAUUGUAAGCACCUUAUGCCGCGAUUUCAUCCUGGAUGAAUCUUAUGACCUGGCUUUCAGAGAGAAUGUGUUUCGCUAUUAUGGCACUUUCACGCGCACCUUUCUCACCAUGUUUGAGAUUUUGUUUGCAAAUUGGAGCCCACCGGCGCGUGUGCUCGUGGAGAACUUCAGUGAAUGGUUUUCCAUAUUCUUCUUGAUAUACCGCUGCGUCUUAGGAUUCGCGGUACUAAACGUAGUUAAUGCUGUUUUCGUGCAACAAACUAUGAAGACUGCCAGCUCUGACGAAGACUUGGCGUUUAAGCAGAAGGAGAAGGACGUGGCCAUGUACACGCGCAAGGUCAAGAAGCUUUUCCAAACCAUCGAUGUUUCAGGUGAUGGAACGAUAAACUUAGAGGAAUUUGCCAAGCUGGUCCAAUCGCCAAGAUUGAAAUUUUGGAUGAGCCAGUUGGAGUUGGAGUACCACGAUUUGCUGAGUCUCUUCGAGUUCUUAGACAAUGGUGACGGAGAGAUUACGCUGAUGGAGUUCAUUGAAGGUGCGUCGCGCUUGCGUGGCGGAGCGAAGGCUUUGGAUGUAUGGCGUCUGGAGACCAAACUGGAGGUGCUCUUUGAGGAGGUGCUCGUUUCUUUGCGUCCCAUGGCUACACCCAGCCUCGGAUUGAAGGCCGCCACGGACCAGGAUGAGGAAAUAAAAGCCGCUGUCUCCAACAAUGUGCAGCUAGCUUUCGAGAAGUCCAAGUUUCGACACAUCAAGUCUACAGCAGAUGCCCGGCGCCUGAACUCUCCGGCGCUGGACGGCUAA